UGCCUCAGCGCCUCUGUCGUCAUUUCCUGUGGGUCUGCAGGCUAAAAGAGAAGAUGGCGGCGCUGGGGGAACCUGUACGGCUAGAAAGGGAUAUUUGUAGAGCAAUUGAAUUGUUGGAAAAACUGCAGAGAAGUGGGGAGGUACCACCGCAGAAACUCCAGGCUUUACAAAGAGUCCUUCAAAGUGAGUUCUGCAAUGCCGUGAGAGAGGUAUAUGAACAUGUCUAUGAGACUGUUGACAUCAGUAGCAGCCCUGAAGUGAGAGCUAAUGCAACUGCAAAGGCUACGGUUGCUGCAUUUGCUGCCAGUGAAGGACAUUCUCAUCCCCGAGUUGUUGAGCUACCAAAAACAGAAGAAGGCCUUGGAUUCAAUAUUAUGGGAGGCAAAGAACAAAACUCUCCAAUAUAUAUAUCUCGAAUAAUUCCGGGUGGAAUUGCUGAUAGGCAUGGAGGCCUCAAACGAGGAGAUCAACUCCUGUCUGUGAAUGGAGUGAGCGUUGAAGGAGAACAUCAUGAAAAAGCUGUAGAACUGCUGAAAGCAGCUCAAGGAAAGGUUAAAUUAGUAGUACGAUAUACACCCAAAGUCCUAGAAGAAAUGGAGUCACGUUUUGAAAAAAUGAGAUCAGCAAAACGCAGGCAACAGACCUAAUACAGUUCAAACUUUGUAUUGCAGUUUGCUUUUUAGCUAGAGAAGUUUUACUUGUGACCUACUGAGGGCCGCAAUGCCAGUGAUUGUAAAAACAAACAAAUUUCCCGUGAGAUCCUUCUUACCAUUUUAUAAAUACCUAUUUUAACAUUAUUUAUGGUUCCAGAGAUGCAUACACUUUUUUCUGAUGAGAAAAAGUAAAAGGUGAUGAGGGCGAUUGUGUCCUGCUGUUUUUACAGGCCUUUUUCAAAUGCAGAUUUUGUCAUAAAAUUGUUAUAGAUUUUUUAAAAUGCUUUUUUAAUAUUAAAAUGUACUUUUACAUUCUUAAUCUUUUUUUAGGAAAAAAUGUUUUCUUCAUUUGGCUACAUAUUUAAAAUAAUAGUUCACCAGUUCUUUUUUCGCUUACUCUAUUUUUUUUAAUCUGUAAAAUUUCUUUACAGUUUUCCAAGAAAUUAAACUUAACAGUCUCACCUAUAGCAGUUCAUUAAAUUGUCAGUGUUAACAUCACUGCUGCAUUUUGUACUUUGAACACACACAUAAUAUAUAUAUACUCAAUGGUAAAUCAUAACUCAGCACAGUGGAAGUUUUUAAUUUAAGCAUAAUGUAUAAUGGAUAUUCAUUUAUACUGAUUUAUACAAAUUUUUAAACACUGAAACAAUCAUUGCUGAAAUAUGUAUUCUUUCAUAAUAUUUGAGCAGUAAGGCAAAAGGAUGUAAUUUGAUUGUUAACAUUACUAAUUACAUCCCUUUCUAUUUAUAUUCAAUAUAUCAUAAAUUAUAAAUGCAAACAGGUUCAGAUUUCUUCUUUUGCAAAUUUUUUUAAUGCUAUUCAUUUUUAUUUAAAUAAAUUUCUUAUAUUUUGGUCCUUCCAUUCCUAAAAAUGAGCCAGUUAGUUUGUGGUUGGAAAUGGCAGAAGCGAAGAGGAAAAAGUAAUACUUUUAAUCUCCCUAGCCUCAAGAGUUGUACAUUCUUACUAGUUCAAUUGAAAAAACUGAUUUUCAAUAGGAAGAAGAGAGAAGGAUUUAUUUAAGAUAUAUAGAAAUUAAUGAUGUAAUGUAUUCAUAAGAAUCUAUGGACUGUGUCAAAAUGAGUAGGAACUAUUAAAAAUGAUUGGAUUUAGAGAUGCAAUCUUUGUUUAUGGUCAAAUAUAAUGAUAGGAAUUUUGAGAGAUACUUUAUUUCAUUUGUCCACUGGAUGUCACUGUUUUACUAAAAGGCAGCUAUUAGUGUAUGAUUGUGACUGGGAUCUAAAAGGCUGAAAUUAGAGUUUGUUUUCAGUCACAACUUAUAGGAAGUUUCCUGCUUUUCACAAUAUUGUAAGUGACAAGCAGAAAAGAAGAUAGUGGAUUAAAAUGUAUGAGAAAUUUGGCAUAAUUAUUGACCCUAUAUUUGAAAAGUGGGCAUUUUGUAACAUUCCUUCAGGAUGACUAGAAAUGUAUACCUUUUUCUGCAUGUUUGUGAGCACUGUGAUUCUUAAAAGAUUAUUCCAGGUUUCAGUGAUUUUUCAGAAUAAAAGUCAAUCAGCAUUGUUAUUUAUCAUUUAGGUAUUGAACACUGGAUUGCAUGGUUGAAUGUGUCUUAGUCCACUACAAAAUGUGCUUGUUAUUGAUAGGAUCAUGUUAAAUUGUAUAUUUUCAAAAUUGAUGUUUUUAAAAUGUUGAGACCAAAGUAGUAUAGAAGAAUUAUGGACUUAUUUUAAUUUAAUUGUAAAAUUAUUAGUUGUAGAGCUUUAUAUAUUAAAGAGAGGUAUUGGUGCAUAUGAAAACAGUAAUAUUAUUGUUAUGCUCGUAUUCUUGCAUUACAGGGUAAGUAAACCCUGAAGAAACCCUAUUUUAGUGUAACUACAGCUGCAGUAGCUUUUAAGAACAUAUCAACAUUUCAUUAUAAAUUACAGCUUCCUGGUUCAGUGUCUCAGCUGUUUCAGAACUUCCAGCCAAGUUAAAUCGUUUUGGUGUUGAAACUUAGUAAGUUGAGUAAGCGUUUUUUCUACAGUAAUCCACAAUCUGUUCUUUGUGUGGGUUGGCACCUAUUUAUAUUUCUUAAAAUAAGGAUAGCUUGAAGGAGCCAAAUACAGUAGUUUUGCUUGCUCCUGUUGAGCAUGAGUAGCAGUAGUUUGUUUUCAUCAUUAAUGCAGUUUUCUAGUGUCUCCCAGAAUUUUAAAUCUUGACCACAGAGAAAUUCAAUCCUUCAGUGGCAAAGAUGUAUAGUAGUGGUCUAGUAUAGAAAGGAAAUGAAGGGAAUUUUCAUCUUAUAAAAGAAUGGUUCAUGAAUAAAACUAGGCAUAUAGUAAGUAUAUAGUAGGUGUUUGAUUUAUAGGUUACAAGUAUAAAUUAUCCACCUGCUCCAGUUUCCACUUAUUGUCUUGAUAUUUCAAAAUGGGUUGACUAAAACUUUUGCUGCACAUCAGAGCACCCUACAGAACUUGAAGAAUAUUGAUACCUAUUAACUACUAAGUCAGAAGCACUCAUUUUUUUUUCAUUUAUUUAAAUGAAUGCUUUUUUUUAACUUUAUUUAAUGAAUAUGAAUUUCCAAAGUACAGCUUAUGGAUUACAAUGGCUUCUCCCCCCAUAACUUCCCUCCCACCCGCAACCCUCCCCUUUCCCACUCCCUCUCCCCUUCCAUUCACAUCAAGAUUUAUUUUCAAUUCUCUUUAUAUACAGAAGAUCAGUUUAGCAUACAUUAAGUAAAGAUUUCAACAGUUGAAGCACUCAUUUUUUUAAACCUUUCCUGGUGAUUCUAAUGGACACCCAGAGCUGAGAACCAAUAGUUUUCACCUUUGUAAAAUGAUCUAAUUACACUGGAUUCUGUUUGGAAGUAUUGGAAUGGAAUAAUUCAAUUUGCAGCUAUUUAAUGAUUGAUUAUAUUUCUUAAGCAUUAAAGGCAACUUGGCAUUCCUUAUUUGGAAAGUAAUUGCAGUCUACUUUUUUAAAAAUAAAUUUACCAGUAGUUUAAAAGUAAUCUUUUAGUAUAUGUCAUCUUUAUGCCCCAUUGCCCUUAAAACUUAGAAAAAUAAGUGUUUAUUAUUUGAAAAAGCAUGUUUAAAAAUUGCAGGUGAGAAAUGUUGUCAAUGAUAAUUACUUGCUGUCUUAAUAUGGCCACUUUAACCAUUUAUUGAAUUAAAGUGGCCUUGUAUUGUAGGGUUUGAUGAUUCAGAUGUGUUCUUUAAAAAUAUCAUUGUCCUUCUCUUCUAAAUUUCUAAAAGCUUUCUGGUCAAGAACUUAAGUAGUUUGGCUCAAAUACUGUGUUUAUAAUUAAAAUGGAUAUUACAUCAUUUAAUAGAAGAAAUGGUUAUGGCUUAUCUGAAAAGAAUGUCAGCAUGGCUUGGUAUAGACUUAAAAGAGUACAUGUUGUGAAAAUUUUAUAAUGUGGAAUGAUCAUUGAAAUAUCAAGGACUUUAGUAAUUGUAUUUCCUGAAUAAAUGUAUGUUUAUGAA